AUGGCAACAAAACCGAAUAAUUCUACUCCUCAAGUCAGCUCCAAGUCGCCAACAAUUCGGAGAAUCCUACGCGAAGCCGCCGAGAUCUCUAACUCUCCUUCUCCCGAUUAUACGGCCGAGCCUCUCGAGACUGAUCUGUUCGAAUGGCACUUUACUCUGCGCGGUCCUCCAAACUCUGUUUAUGGCGAGGGUAUCUAUCAUGGCCGAAUAGUCCUCCCACCCACGUAUCCAUUGCGACCGCCAAGCUUCCGAUUUACCACGCCUAAUGGCCGAUUCGAAGCGAAUCGCGAGAUUUGUCUUAGUAUCAGUGGCCAUCACGAAGAGACAUGGCAGCCGGCUUGGGGCAUCCGAACUGCAAUUGUAGCACUUCGCAGCUUCAUGGAAACGGACGCUCGCGGACAACUUGGUGGAUUAGACACAACGGAGGAGGUUCGCCGCCGCCUUGCUCGUGAAUCCCGCACUUUUAGGUGUUCUACAUGUGCCCGGUCAAAUGCAGAUAUCAUAUCGGAAACUGAAAGACAGUCUGAAGAAUCGAGUUCCCCGGCCAAAAAUGACGUCAAAGUGCCCACGGAAUUAAGUAUGGGCUGGAGAGAUGAAAUGGAGUCUAGGCAGCAAGAUGAUGGCCGUGAAUCGAGGGCUCUGGAUCGGUCUCAGGUCCCUGAGGACCCCGACUCUGAUUCUGCGGAACUUGCGGAAGGCUUUGUACAGACAGUGCCUGUCAACAGGGGUAGUGCUGAACUACCACAAAUGACUUCCAUACCCGAGGAGCGUGGAUCGUCUUCUUCAGGCGUACCGACAGCGUCCCGUGUCUCCUCAUCAAGGGAUAUCGACCGAACAUCCACUCAAGUAUCACAACAGGGACAAAGGCGGCCAGCCACAAUGGGUUCACGAGGUGAUGGGGUCCCGCUAUGGAUUGACCGAGCUAUCGUGGCCUUGGUGAUUGUUCUAGCUGCACUUCUUCUUAAAGUAUUGUUCGGCAUCUAA